AUGUGGGUGCUCGAGUCGGAUGGUGAUCUUCUCGGAGGUAAACGUGUCUGGCUGAAGCCCGGAAAGAAAUAUCUCUUUGGCCGCAUCAAGCAAGAAGGAGUCCGUCAUGUCAUCCAACAUCAGUCCAUAUCUAGAAAGCAUCUGGUGAUUGAGGUUUCGCCAGUACAACCUGGCGAUGGAGCGCAUGUACACAAGAAGUCCAAACUCACAGUCACCGACCAAGGAUCAAAAUGUGGAACGACUAUCGACGGUGUUCAAAUCAGGGGUUCAAGCUCAGUCCUGACGGAGGAUGAACAUGCAAUUCAGUUGGGACGUUAUCCACCAGCACUAAAGAUAAAAUGGCAGCCCAUCGUACUCAGUUUCUCCUUCUCGUCGAAAGAGCUCAAAGCGAAAGAUCCCCUCGGCCCAGUGCGAAACCGACUCGAAGAACUUGACAUAAAAACUAUAAUUCCCUACGUCGAAAAAACCACACAUGUGGUACAGAACAAGAGGAAUACUGCCAAAGGGUUACAGGCUUUGAUCAAUGCUAAAUAUAUCGUCAGUGAUUCAUACCUCGACGCCCUUGUAUACGCCGCUACUCCAGGUGACUUGGAGGCCACGGAAUCACUCUCGCCACUAGAAAUUGAUUUUGACGCCAAUUGGCCUGAUACCAAUCAAUAUCUUCCUCCGGCCGGCAAGGAACCCGUACAGAGACCAGCCGAAGCCUUCGCUCCGAAUCCAGACAGAAUUAGGGUCUUCGAGGGGUAUACAUUUGUCUUCUGUGACCCUGCACAGUUCGAAAAUUUAUCGCAACCAAUCAACAAUGGCCAUGGAAAAUCCUUACUUUUCAAUGUACGGAAUGGGGAGACCACUGCAGAGGAGUUGCUGCAAUUUAUCCAGAAUGCCGGAGGUGAAAAAAGCUUCGAGGGUCUGUCAGACCGCGAAGUAGGAGUCGUCUUAGUACGAUUUAGAGCCAAAGGAUAUGAGAAUUGGUCCAUUGAAUUAGGCAACCAGGUUGCGCUGAGGAUGGACCAGCGCGUCAUCGAGCAAAGCGAGUUUCUCGAUGCAAUUCUCAAUGUCGAUGCCACAUCACUAUGUCGCCCAUUACCUCGUGAAGAGUCGUCUGCUCUCCCCGAACCGCCGAAACGAGGGAGUGCUCGGCAACGUGUGGUGGAGGAUGCCCCGGUCCCAGAAACUGAUUCAUCUCAAGGAAUUGUUACUCAACAAGAGGACACCACCGUAGUAGAGCAGACACAGACCCAAAGCAAACGGUCAGCUCGGUCACAAAGCCGGCCUUUCGUCAGUAGGAUGAAGAACUUUGAUGACGGCUUCGACAUGGAAACCGUGCCGCUUUACCACUCAGAUGCCAUCGAUGCCGAAGAAGAGAGAAUGGAGCAAUCACCAGACAAAUCGAAGAGACCAUCGCAACAACAAUCUGCACCAACAAUGAGGGAGGAGGAACAGGACGAAGAUGAUGACAUGGCUGGACUUCUUCCGGGGGCAAGCGCAAUGAAGCGGCGCAGAGUGGAGAGCGGCUCACACACACUCCGUGAACAGGCAGCAAAGGAGGAGGCGCCCAAACCGAAGCGACAGAAAGUUGAUGUUAUCGCAGCAGCCCGUCGUCAUCGCGAAGAAGAGGAAGCUGCCGCGCAAGAACGAAAGCAACAGGCUGAAACCACUUUUCAAGAAGAUAUUGAAGGAAUGACCAUUGAGGAUAUGAAGAAACUUGUUAUUGUUGAAGAAUUCGAAGUUCCUAUGCGGGAAAAGGAACCAGUGACAGUUAAUGCGACUGAUAGGUGGGAUGAGCGCUGGAAUGGCCGCAAGAAUUUCAAGAAGUUCCGCCGAAAAGGCGACCGCUCAGCCGCCAGAUCUCGCAUACAGGCUGUCAUUGUACCUUUGGACGAAGUCAAGCGCAAGGAGUACGGCGUUGGUGAUCGUUACUGGGAGGGUAACGAGCGAGCAGACAGUCCGGAGCCCAUCUUCAGGCGCACGAGUCAGCAACAGUCCACUCAGAAAUCUUCAAGCCGUACAGGAAGUCAGGCUUCUCUGGCCUUUUCAGAGGAACUAGCCACAGCGUCUUCCGUCAACCGCGUACGGUCCGAAGUCUCGCAUAGCUCUGCGACCGCGACAACACAAACGAGUCAGCGCGCGGGUCAGAAGAGAACGAGAGAGAGUCGACCGAAGAGCGACGACGAAGAAGGCCACAGCGAUGACGGUGAAGAGCUCCGAUUCAAAUUCCGCAGGAGGCGAAAGUAGAGUAGAUGCAUCCACUGGCUUCUCAGCUGGUAUGAGAAGUAACCAUGUAUAUUUCAACUAGACCUGUAACUUAGUAGUAGUAUCAUACAAAUAAUUAAGCAAUUAGCCAACCGGGGCUGGGCGGGCGCCAAGUG